CGAACAAACCGCUGUGCAAAGGGCGAUCAUUGUGUAAUAUUGGAUUGAUCACGUGGUUCUCUCAAGCAGAGAUAGAAAACUGUGAAAGAGAUAUAAACACUGAUAAAGCUCUCGGUUUGAUUAAGCUGUACUUUGUCGAGAAGAAUUUGUCUUCUUCUAUGUGGAUUUAUAAUAUGGAGUAAGAAAUUCUUUUGUUGACUCGAACAACGGCACUACGGUACCAAAAACAACAUUUGUCGCCUGUCAAAGAAGACCGUGUGAAACACUUCCACCUUGACCGCGACUGGCGACACGACAAAAUGGCCGGUUGUGAGGAAAGUUGUGGUUUCUACUUUGUUUUUGCAUUGGUUACGUUUUUCGUGUGGAUGGAUCUGAGCUUUUUUGAUGAAUUAGGAGAACAUGGUUCGUUCUACAAUUCAACUAUGGCCGAAAAUAUGAUGUUCCCGGUGAAAUCCAUAAAACUCCGGAUGCAGGACCACACGGAUCAUUAUGUGAACCUCCCGUGGAUGCAAUUUUUCAACGACUAUACGGGCCUAUACAAGGUACCUGGUAUAACUCCUAAUCUUAUCAGUGGAAUCCACCUCUUUUUGGCCAUUAUGGCGGCGAAAUGUUUUGUUUCAGGAACUCUUGGUAUUCGAAGACUUGGAGCUUUGCUUUACGAGCUUCGCUGCCAGCUGGAUAUUUUAGACGGUGUGGUAUUUCGCGCCCAACAGAACAUGAAGGAUAAUUUUAUGUCCGUCUGGGGUUCAAUGGGUUAUCUUGUAGAUGCCUUUGCUGAUAUGUGUGGAGGGCUUCUUGUUGCUGGUGCGUGUACAGUUUUCCUCAAUCGAUAUCCGCCAUGGAAGCGCAUUAAAACUAAACUUCACGAUGAAUUAGAAUCUGGUGGCAGAAAAGCCUUGAGUUUCCACCAUGAAGACGAGGAGAGAUAUGUACACGUCAACCGUCGCUCAGUUAACAUCAAAAUGCUGCUUGUUGUUGUACAGAUUAUAGCUAGGAGUGGAUUUUGGGAUCAUUACUUGCAUUCGUACGUGGAUUUAUUAGAGAAACCAAAUCCUGAAAUACCAAGGGUGAGUUUUAAAUCUUACUGUUAUCACAGCUGCAGCAUACAUUUGUACGUUAAAUUUAAUAAAUUGUUCAGUAACAAGAAAUUAAUAUAUUGGCAAACAUUCCUUGAUAGCGAAGUUAUUCAGUUGCGUCGAUAAAAUUUUUUUUUGUAUCAGGAAGAAAGAUUACAUAGCGGUAUAAAAAUAUAUCUCCAUAGUACGCAUUGUUCCUUUAUGUUUUAUUUAUGAACUAUGAAAUGUAAGUUUACCGUUAUUUUCUCGAAUGAUAGACGGGGGCGAUUAUUUCUUUUUUCGUUUCAAAAGGGGGCAGUUAUUCGAGGGAAGGCGAUUAUUCAAGGGAGGCGACUAUUUCAAAUGAUGCUCACUAAAAGUCGUGCCCUAAUUAUUUUCUUUUAUUAUCCCAUUUUAUUAUAUAGACACGAGUGUUUUAGUGGAAAAUAUACCACUCGUGAAAUUCAUAAAAACUACAUCCGGGACCCAACUGGUUUAUUUUCCAUAAUCUCACACAUGAGUUUAUCGAUGACAUAAUUUCGGUCAUUUCCCUCUAUUAUUUUAUCAAUGUCUUUUUGUCUAUAUAAUAAAAAGAACGUUAUAUGCAGCGCUCGAAAUUGCGACUGAUAUGGUCGCCAAUGUGACUAAUAUUUUCUCCUAGGUGACUAAAAAUUCUGGUUUAGUCGCCAAAGUGGCGACCAGAUUUCUCUAUAUUUUAGAUUUAAGUCAAAUGAGUAAAGUUAACACAAACAUUUCAUAUGUGCCAAAUCUCAUAAACAAAGCCAGUUUACCUCCAAAUUUACACCGACUUCUAUCCAUGGUAUUUUCAAAUCUGGUGGAUCGCGCCAUACUAUGUAGGGCUUCUAAUAGGUCGUGGAAAAAAGUAAAAUUUCGCGGGAUGUUUAGGGACAAAUUCGCGGAAAAGUCGGCCAAUUUCGAGAAAAUUUUCGGAGCAAACUUCGCGAAACGCAAUCCGUAAAAACAGCCCAUUUUAAUGCUUAUUUUCAGGGAAAAUUCGCUAGAAAUCGAUCGGUUUUGCACUGAUCAGACCAGCAUUUUAAAUGUUUUUCUAACAGAGGUCAUCAUUUGCUCUCUCAACAACAAUACGCUCCAGAAAUGAACCAAUGGCAAAGCCUUUAACAUCAUACCUAGUGCCCAGGUUUUUGCAACAUAAUCUACGCCUGGUAGUCUUAGGACGAUGUUUGCACGUUUCAGUGACGAAGUUUCAAGAUGAAUUUGCUGAGAUAAAUUUCAAAUAUGUUGUACAGACAAGUAUUUGAUAAAUUUUCUACUGAAUUUCGCGGUAUUUUGCGUGCUUUUGUGAAUUUCGCGGAUUUACCUGAAUUUCACGGCUUCGUGACCGCGCGAAAUACCACAAGCCCUGAGCUGCGUCAUUUACAUGAUUCAAACUGGCGACUAAAAAUUUGCAUCUGGCGACUAUAUUUCUCUAGUUUGUCGCCAAAAGGCGACCUGAGGAUUUUUUUAAUUUCGAGCCCUGAUAUGUUGGCUUGAAGAUAUGAAUUUUAUUUUCUCGUGACAAAAACAAUAUUUUACUCAUUUGCUCCGCUCGUUCGUAAAAUAUUGUUUUGCCACCCGGAAAUAAAAUUCAUAUCUUCGUGCCACCAUGUAAUAUCCUCUCUAUACAAAAAAAUAUUGCAUCAAAUGAACUGAAUAUGGGUUUUUAAAGUGUUCCAAAUUUGGUUCCAUGAUUAAUUUUCAGAGCUAGAAUCAUCACUGAUCAGUGUCGCUGGAUCAGAAUCCACUUCAACUUGACAGUGAGGGAAUAAAAGAAAGAGAAAAUGGCGAGAGGGCUGAAGGGAGACAAUUAUUCGAGGGAGGCAAUUUUUCAAUAUUUCCAUCAAAGGGGGGGGGGGAUUAUUCGAGGUAGGCGAUUAAUUGAGGGACGGUUAUUAUUUGAGGAAAUGCGGUAUCUUACGUUUGUGCCAUAAUCCACUGUGUAUCUUUUCUUGAAAGUAUCGACCAAAAUAACCAUGUUACAUGCAAGAACAAGUGAAAUGUGAAAAAUCAAUUUCAAGAGAUUUGUCAAGUUUCUUUCUAUGGGGCUAGUGCAUUUUUUUAUCCAUACCUCCCCCCCCAGUUGAAGACCAGCAGAAGAAAAAUUGAGGAUUUUUUAAGGGGUGCAGUAAAAAAGUAUGGAAUUCUUCGGCAGUGAAACUUUAAUUUUCAUAAAAUUUUUUAGGGCAGACAUAUAUUCUUCAAGAGGAAGACCCAUAUUUUAUGGAAGUCUUCAGGGGUGAAAGCAAUUCAAGGGUUUAAAUAAUAAAUGAAGUAGCCAGCAGGUUUGAAUAGAGUACCCAACGGUAUCAACAAGAGGCCGUCAAUCCCGUGCCCCUAGUGGAGUCUGGGGGCAAGCUCCCCCAGAAAUGUUUGAAAUUUCAGAGCCCUAAAAUGUGAUUUACAGCAUUCUGGGGACUAAAUUGAGUACAGAAGUGUGUUUUUCAUUAAAGAAAAUGUGGCUUUCAUUCAGGUUCCGAUUUAUCAGCCACGCAACUUGCAAACAAUGGACAAACGUACAUUUGAACAAGAGCAAAUUCUGUGUAAACUUCCAUAGAAAGGUGUGAAGAAUUGACUGAAAUACAGCGUUUGCGUAACUAAAGCAUAAAUCAAAACCAGUUGGCCUUUACAUUUUCAUUCAGAUUUUGUGAUAUGUUUUUGUUUACGACAUUGUAACUAAAGCACUAGUUGCCUCUUCUUUCGGGGAGAAAAGUAGCCCACUUCGCUGAGGGAAAUAACUGAUGCGUUUCGUCGGUUGUUGGUGCUUUAUAUUGAAAUCCCUGGCAAUUAUAUUUAAUCUUCAUGGGUAGGGAGAAAGGGUAAGUCCUUCAUGGGGGGCUGGGCGGGUGGGGGGGGUACAGAUAUUAAAAUAAAUGCAAUAGCCUAUUGUUUGGGUCCAACUCAACCUUAAUAAGCCUUUGUCAUCUUUGAAGUUAGACAAAAAUGUUUUAUAUAACUCUUUUGAACUUAAUUAAACUCGAUUCAUGGCUUUAGUUUGGUCAAGUUCAGCAAUCCAACAUAAUCAAACUCAAAAAAAUUGCUCAGUCGAACACAAUCAAACAUUAGGAUUUUCUCUUUCUUGAAAGAGAGACAAGAUCGUGGUGGAGACUGGGGAAAUUAGUUUUCCUGAUCAUUUGCUGGUUCUCUGCGAUUUUAACCUUUGGAAUGGUUUUAGUCUUCAUUUACUAUGUCUACUUCAUUAACUACUUAUUCUUUCGAUGAUGACAAUAAUUUCUUCUGAGAUGGUAUCCAGUAUGUUGAUCUUUUACACCGUUUGCUUUCUUCAUUAUUGUUAACUGCACUUCAGUUAGAGAAAAUAUUCUAAAAAAUCAUGUUAAUUUUUACCUUAACAGAAUUGAGUCUGGGUAUUCUUUUAUAUUAACCUUGUUAAAAUCCUAUUUUAGGGCUACGUGUAUGUGUUGAAGAAUUUUUGACCAGAUUACUCAGAGAACAUCCUAAGCCGAGUUGUUGAAAGCUGGGUUAAGAUAACCCAUGCCAGGGAUAGUGUGAAAUUUUAAUUCUGAUUUGAAAGCUUAAAAAGCAAAUUCAGUUUAGUACUUUUUGUCUGCAACGUGAUGAUUCGAUGAUCUUAACCCAUUCGCCCCUGAACCGCCCGUAACCGCCCGUGCGGAUCCAGGUCCUUUCUACCCUUUGUGACGUCAUCAGUUUUAACGGUCAAGGACAACUUUCUUUGCUAACUUGUGUAGAGUGAAGAGAUCUUUCAAACCAUACCAGAAUGAGCACAAUUCAGUCAAGGACACCGGAGAAAGAAGCAAAAAACCACGUGACAUUGACCUGAAAAUCUCCAUGAAAAUCUUGUUCCAUUGCCCACCCACCUUUCCUUUCACCUAAUCCUAAGAUCCUAAAAGCUUUCCUAAAAAAAGUAAAAGUCAAGACUGCUGUGUCACUUUUAAACCCAAAAACUGUCUCGAAAUUUUGCUUUCUGCGCAUGCCUGAACUUCGCAAGCUGAUGUUUUGCAUCUGGAUCAGAAGGCCGCCAAGUGUACGACCUGUAAACCGGUUUGUGGUAAGUUUUAGCCCUUUAUAGCACGACAGUGACGAGAAAACCACUCGACUAGCUUCAAAACGCGUUUUUCGGCAAAAUCUCCAGGAGCGAAUGGGUUAAUAGAAUAGAGAAAAUUAUCUACGAAAAUGCUUUUGAGCAAAAGAAAAAGAUACCAGGAUUAAAAUUUAACCUCAAUUUAGGACUAAUCGGCCUUCAAACAACAGCAAUCUCAAGGUCAUGAAAGAUAUUAAUCGCCAUGGGUAAUGUGUAUAAAGGGUUUAGUUUUAUCGUUUGUCUCAUGUUUGUCACUUUGAUAUUGAUUGUGAUGUUUCAAUCGCACACUCAAAGUCAGACACCUUGAUUGAAUAUUGUUUAUCUUAAUAACCUACUUACAUAAGAACCUGCUUGCUCUUGCUUGGCUAAACAGAUUCUUGUCUUUUUGGGUAUUAGAGUGGCAAAUGUUUGCCAUAAGUUCUUUUAUGCAGGUGUUUACUAUAGUUGCUCUUGUAAUUACUGUGUAUUGAAGUGAUUUUGUUACAAAUAGUUAUGGUGAGUCCUUGGACUCAUCUUGUGAAAAAUUGUUAGUCCCUGUCCCUAACCAAUGAGUCUCAGUUCAAAAAAACAAGCAGUCCAAAACUGAAAAUGCUUGGGUCUUUGUGUAACCAGACAGUUAAUGUGGAGACUCUACUACAGUUCAGUGAAAGUAAAAUUUAGUCCUUCUAUAUAUUUAAAGCACAAAAAAGACUAAACUAAAUAUGCAUCUUUAAAUAACAGUCACAGAAAUCACAUGAACAGGAUAUUCUACCAAAAAAUCAUUUUUUGUGUCCUAAGGGAUGCAUUUCAUGAAUUAUUUUGUGUCUUUGGGGAUUUUUAAGCAUCAGGGACUCAGGGCACAGUGGUAACAAAAUCAUUGGCAUUGGAAGUACAGGUCCUACAGGGUCCAAAAUUAACUUUUUAAUCUGGGCGCCAACUGGCGAACAAGUGUAAAUUUUUGGUCACCAGAGGGCAAAUUGUGGUCGCCAAAAAUUCCCCCUCCCUUUUUUGCAAAUAAAAGUUUAAACACAAAUUAAAAAGUGUUUGGUAUGGACAUUUUUAUGCUCAAAAAUUGCACUACUUCCGUUCCAAAUACCAGAAAACAACUGUACGUGUACAAGUGAAGUCUUAUUUAUUUAUUUUUUUCACAAAUUACCUUUUGGAGAUAUAAAGCUAUCUGACCUGGAAUGUAGGAACAGAAAGCUAUCUGCCUAUGACUGCACUUAUCUUAUCAAAACUCUAUUUUCUUCGGAUAACUACCACGAAACAUGGAACAUAAACGCAAGUCACGAGUCAAGCUGCCAUGUUGCCCGUACCAGUGUCACAACUUGCCACAUUACUCGUAGCAUAUGGGUACAGUAUAAUUCCACAUACAUAACAUACUUCGCGUAGUUCAACCGGAAACAACAUGGUGGCUUGGAAAUGUUCAACUCUUAUUGAUCGUAGCUGUUGUGCAGGUAUAUUUACAGGAAGAUUUGUUUCACUUUUAAUUAAAAAAUAUAGCAGGACAAAAAGUAAGACACCUGUUGGCAAAUAGCUUUGAGGUUUCAAUUCUUAAUCAUUUUCUCUGAGCAUGAAAGUCUGCAAUAACAACCAGCCCUAUAAGUUACCAGCUGGUGUCCAGCUAUGAAAUUCUGGUCGCCAGAACUGAAUUUUUAGUCGCAGUGGCGACCAGGAAGGCACAAUUUUGGACCCUGUCCUCAUGGCUGACUCAGUAUGAACAAUCCUCUUUCCUCUUUUUCCACAUUUUUAAACCUACAGAAUAAAAGUUUUCUCUAGUUUCAUAUCAGUCAUACUGGUUAUUCUUAGUUCCCAAUAAAAACAAACCAUGAUUAAUAUGAUUAAUAUUGCACACAUAUUACCAACUGCUUUAAAUCACGAUUUUGUGAAAAAAAAAAAAGAUUUCUUUGCGAUCGUAAUCAGUGAGUUAUGCCAGAUACAUGCUGAGUCAAAAACUUUGGUUCUUCUCACUAUAAUUUAAGUUGGACCAGUAUUCUACAAUUUCUUUUAAAAAGGGUCUUUUAUUUUCAGUUGUAAUGCAUCUUUUUGUUUUAAAUUGUGCACACUAGAACAAUAAUAUCCCGCAGUAUCUCUCUGAGUAGUAAUAAAAAAAAAAGCCUUCCAGUUGUCUUUGUCCUCUGUGUUUAGGUAGAUUUGAACCCAUUUCAUUUUCAAUGAUGCAUUAAAACUUUGUAUAUCAAUCAUCUUUAGUCUGCUCUUAUCGUAGUAAUUAGAUUUCUGUUCGUUUAAUUUUGUUGCCUUUGCUAUCCCACAGCAAUUUUUUGGUGUGAUGGUAGGGAUGACAACAGCUAGACUAUUUGAAACACGGCUAUUUAGAGGCAAUUUUGUAAUCGCAAUUAAGAAGAGUAAUUGGCAACCAAUUUUUUAAGAGGUUUUUGUUGCUUUAUUCUUUUUUGGUAUCAGAGUGAUCAAUCCUCUUCUCUGGGUGACUGAUAGGAGGCCAUUCCUAUACGCAUAGUUUAAAGCAUUCAAAAGGUAGUGGUGAAUUUCCUUCCAGAACAGUUUAAAAAACUCCGCUUGUAAUCCAUCACUUCCUGUUCUUUUAUUUGAGUGCAUUGAUUUUAGACUUUCCCAGCAUUCAGUUUCUGUUAAGGGCCCUCUGCAUUCCUUUUGUUCCAGUUCACUGAGUAUAAGACUUAGUGUAUUUUCCUCCUGGAAGAAUAGGUCGUCAUAAAGAUCAUUCUCUGGUGUGACAGUUGAAGUAUAAAGUUGUUGGUAAAAACAUUUUGACCCCCUUAAGAUUUCGUCAUCUCUUUUAAUGACUCUAUUAUCUGACAGCAGUAAACUUUUGAUAUUUUUUUUAUUAAAGUGUUGUUUUUCAAGAUUUAGGAAAUAUUUGUGUAUUUUUUCCCCAUUGUUGUACGAACGAGCUUUCGAUCGUAUAGUCGGGCCCUUCGUUUUGUGUUUAGAGAUUUCUUCCCUUUGUAGUUUUCUAGGGGCCAGCUCAUCCAGUAUUUGAUUCUUUUCUGUUUCCAUUAAAUUGUUCUCAUCUAGUCUUUUUUCAAGGGAUGCAAUGUCAUUUUCUAAACAAUUUUUGUGGGAUUUCAUUUUAGUGAUCCUUUUUUUUGUGUAUUACAGUGAGCUUGAUCAAACUGUCAUUUUCAUAGUAUCCCAUCGCUAAAGGAGAGUGGCGUCCACCUCAUAAUAUUGUUUUUGUAUUCAUUUGCUACUUCCUUAAUAAUGUUAUUGGCUGCUUAAUUAAAUCUAUAUACUCUCCAUUUGGCAAUGCAAGAAAGAGGUAUUCAACUUCCAAAAACCUGGUCCCCAAAGGUUUGUGUUAUUUGUUAAGUAUUAUGUUAUGAGUGAAUGGUCGGUUCCAAAGCCUGGCAAAAUGUCUGCCCUUGAAGUUGUUGAUAUUAAACUAGAACUAAUUAAGAAAAAGUCUAGACGACAUUGUUUCUCCAGAUUUCCUUUUCUCCAAGUAAAAGGUUUUGUAUCCACAUUUAGAAGAUGCCAAAUGUCUGUUAGGUCUAAGGAGUCAACGAUAUACUUACCUUUUUACAAGGAUUUUUUAUGUGUUACGGGGUUCCCAACUGUUUUGUCUUUUUUUACAUCUAAAACUAGAUUAAAAUCACCACCCAAAAUUAUUUCUUCGCAUUCGAAAGUAAAAAGGCAUUUUAAAACGUUUUCAAAGAAGAAGAGGUUGUCAUUAUUUGGCGUGCACAUAUUUGCUAAUGUCAACUUCUUACUCUCGGUUUUUAUGUGUACAAUUAUGAAUCUACCUUUUGGGUCUGAGUUAGUUUUAAGGAUGUGGAAGGAAAACGUAUUGUUUAAGAGUAUGCUCACUCUGGCACUAGCACUGGAGAGGCUACUAAAGAUAGCUGAAUACCCCCAUUCUGAAGUCCAGCAUUCUUCUUUGUCCUUCGAGCAAUGGACCUCUCAUAGAAAGAAUAUUGCGUAUUUUUUAGUUUUCAGCCAUCAAAAUAUUUCACACCUUUUCACGGUGUUAGAUAGUCCCUUCACAUUUAACGAAAUUCCUGACUUUGGUUGUUCAUUGUCAUUUAAAUGUCAUGCUUUUUGACUUUUGUGAUUGUAAUAACAAGUCAGACGAACAUUGCAAGAUAGCAAUUCUGACAUCAUUUUUGUGAGCUGUGCUAAAAGACAGGUUUUUGUGUGAAUGGUGGGAACUAUUAAGCAUUUUCAGCUCACACUAACUGUGUUAUUUUGGUAGAUCUGAUAGUAACCUACUGUUCCUCCAGUGUAGAAAAUUAAUACAAUCCAUAUAACAUUGUGAUUGCUGAAUUUCCUGUCCCAGACAGGAAGAAGCAAAUUUAUUUAUAAUAACAAGAGAUGGCUUGGACAAGGAUGGACUGUUGUUAUCAUCUUGUCUUUGAGCAGGCUUGACUGUGAAUUUUGUCAGAGUGGUGUAACUGAAAUUUAUUUUGGUUUCAACAGGAUUUACAAGCUGAGGUCCUGAGUUACCGUAGCACAUGGGCAGUUAUGUGGCUGUGGAAAGUAUCUAGUGCUGAUGCCGUUUUACAGUUCACCAUGUUGGCAAUCCUCUUUGACAAGUUAUGGGUGAGUGAAUAAUUUAAAUUGUAGCUAUUGUUGAUGUAUUUAGUAUUAGUACAGCUGUAGCAUGGGAACUGCUUUUUAUUGUUUUAUUGUUUUCUAAAAUUCAUGUAGUAUUCUUUUAAGUUAUGACAAAUCAGUAGGUAGUAUUUGAGUCGCGUGUACACUUCUUUAUACCCCAGUAAAAUAUACACCUUCACUGGGUUGAUGAAUUAUUGAACAGUAUACAGUCAACUCUCUCAUAGCUUGCCUGCGUAGCAGGCGCUUGUAAGUAAUGGGCGCAAUAAAGAACAGGCGUAUGAGGGAGACACUCUCUGAGAUUACAAAAUCACUACUGUACAGACACCAAAGAUAGCAGAGGACUUGGAAAAUGGCCAUUGCUUUUACUGUUUUUGGAGCAGACUUGUUUUGCUAAAUGGAGCUAAACUUCAGAACACAAACUCUACCAAGACAUUUUUAUACGGCAGACUUCAGGUCGCCUUCAAGCAAAUAAUAACAAUAGCAAAAGAUUUUUCAAAUUCAUGCCCCUUCCGUGGAAAGUGUUUCAUUUCAUCAAUCUUGUCCAAGUCUUGAUGGUACGCGUUCCAUCCACAAUGCAAGCGGCCAAGUUCUUUCAGUAAAGAAUCUUUCCUCUAAUCUUCAUUUCAAUGAUUCGACAAACUUUUUGUCUGUCGCUGCUUCUGCCACGUAGUCCCAUUGAAGUGACUUUUGAUUAUACCAUUGAGUAGUGUGAUAAAAGGCCUUCACUGCCUUGUCUGUCCAUGUACUACUAUGUGUACAAACGAUCUCAUGUUUUCUUUGAUUGACAGUUUUCUCACCUAACACAAACACUUAUCCCCUCAGGAGCCUCUUGACUAAUAACAAUCUUCUGCACUCUCAGAAAGCGAGUAGAAACGAUUUUCAUGGGCCUCCUUGGGCAGACGCCUCCUCUCCCCUUGCAUGUCUCUCUCACACGCCCUGUUCUUUCCUGCGCCCAUAACUUCCAAGUGCCUGCCAUGCAGGCUAUCUCAUAGCGACCACUUCUCAUAAUCUACCACCUCCUGUAAGCAACCACUUUACAAAUAACUGUUUUUCUCUCAGUCAAACACUGUUUCAAAAACUCUCUCGUAAGUGACCACUACGUUAUGUUUUCUGUUUCCAAUAAGCAACUACCUGGCACAAUCACAUAUGAUUGUAAGACAGCCACUGCUUCAACAUCACAAAAGUUCAUUUUUUGAAUAGUGCAAAGGAUUAAUUUGACAGAUCGACUUACAAAAAAGAUGUCUGUAAUAUGACCUGUAGGUAAAAAAGUGGAUUGUUACAUUCAUGCAAAAUGUUAUCUACAAGGUUUGUCAGUUCCAAGGGCUAUUCAUUUACCAGCUGUCCAUUUGCCUUAUUUAGCUUGUAAAGUGAUAACUUUAUAUGAUUACGUCAAUCAGUUGAGUUUGGGCAAAGGGGGGAAUUUCACAUAUCCCAUGAUGCAUCGCUUCAUACUAUAUUAUCAAGCUUCCGAAUGCACGUGAUGCUAUCAGUUCAACAGGGACGUGACACUUGAACAUCAGUGGAAAGCGACUUGUUUUUCCGAUGAAACUUGGUUGUUCCUAAAUCAUAUGAAACUUUCUGUACCUUUGCUGUAUGGAUCUAUUUACGACUUUCGGUUUACUAUUCGAAAUAUAUCUCUUGAUAAGUCAAAGAGAGUGUUUUGGCCGCCGUUUAUUAGUUAACUAGCCUUACGAUAGCAAUGCGGUCCACACAAAUGUUCUCAGAGGCUAGCGGGGAAGGUCUGUGCUUCAAUGUGUCCUGUUUUAACGUGCGCGUGCGAUUUCCACAUUCUUGUCUUGAAAUAAAUGCAUAUUCUAGGUGUGAGAGUUCGCUUCGUUGCUUGUUGGCGAUCACGGUGUUCAUAUUCUCAGUUCAAUAAUUCAUCGAUGCAGUACAUCAACCGUACGGUGACCGCACAUGCUUUUACUUCAACAGGCUCGGCUUAUGUAGUCGAAAAUCCCGAGACCGUUAAAGUGCAAAGUGACGUCUAUCAGAGAUAAAAUUCAAGGAGGGGAAUAGCUCCAACAAACAAUAAAAAUAACAAAGACAUCUCUACAUUUUUCGUAACACAACACAAGCUAAGCAUCAUUGUCAAACAUAAACAGGAAAAAGCUUUAUUAAGAAAUGGCAAAAUACAUCUACAAAAACACCCACUUUUUCACUACAAUGGAUCCCAAAAAAAUUAUCAAAAUGUCUUAAAAGGUUUUAUACGCCGGUUGAGGUCCUACAUCAGGGUUUUAGCUAGGAUUUGAUCACUGGGGGACAAUUUGUCCCCUUGGCUAAAAUUUUGGGGGACAUUUUCAUUUUUAGGGGGACAGAAAUUUGUACACCCUUCUGCUGAUGCAAAGGGGUUUGUCUUCUUAGCAGGGCUUCUGAUAGGUCUCGGAAGAAAAAGUCAAAUUUCACGGGAUUUUUAGGGACAAAUUCGCGGAAAAAUCGGCCGAUUUCGCGGGAGUUUCGGGGCAAACUUCACCGAAAAGCAAUUGGUAGAAAAAGGUCGAUUUUGUGGUUAUUUUUAAGGCAAAUUUCACUAGAAAUCGAUUGGUUUUGCGCUGAUCACACCAGCCUUUUUAACGUUUUUCUAACAGAGGUCAUCAUUUGCUCUUUCAACGACAAUACGCUCCAGAAAUGAACCAAUGGCAAAGCCUUUAACAUCAUGGCUAGUGCCCAGUUUUUCGCAACAUAAUCUGUUUGCACGUUUCAGUGACGAAGUUCCAAGAUAAAUUUGCAAGUUUACGGCAAGUAAAUAGCCCCUAUAGCUGAAAUAAGUUUCAAAUAUGUUGUACAGACAUGUAUUUGAUAAGAUUUCUACCGAAUUUCGCGGUAUUUUUCGUGUUUUUGUGAAAUUAGAAGCCCUGUCUUAGAUUGUGUAGUUCCAGAAAAUAUCCAGACCCCCACCACGGAGGGAAUCUCACUUAGGACCCCCCACCCUCCUGGAUUUUCCAUUUUUGCAGGGAACGGAUGGCCCCCCACCCCUCCAGAAUUUACACAAGUGUGACAAAGACCCCCCAACCCCUCUGGAAAAGUUCAUUUUUACAAAGAAAGACUAUUAAAGUAAAAGAAUGAGGCAUUUUAUUGUUAGUAUGUAACGGUUUCCAUCAGAAGCUUGUAUGCGUCUGUUUCCAUUUAUUUGAGUGAUCUCGCAACAUUGAAACUCACUACACCACCACAAAGUAACCUAAUCUGCAGUUUUUGCUCAACCCUAACUUUAAAUGAAAUAGAUAAAGUUACAAGUCGGUUGUAUUUAUGAAUUUACCUUAAUCAGGGCAAGGUUAUGAUUUGUUAUUUGUCUUCAAGGGCGUAAGGUAGGCGUAAUGUUGGUAGAAUUAACGAGUUGUCCGGGAAUGCUAUAUGGCGAACAAGUCAAACUUUCAACCCCAAAAUUAAGGCAAAACAAAGAGAAGAAUAAAAACUCUGACUUCUGAAUUCAUAACAAUGAAUACCCCCCGCAUCUUGAAGGGAAACCAAGUUCAAUUUACUGUUUUCCGAUCGACUGAUGCGACGUGUGUUAUGCGCCAUGGCCGUAAUGUUUGGUGAAAUCAACACCAUUUCAGCGAGCGAGAAUUCGAUCAUGAACAUGCCACAUCUUCAACCACAAAAUUAAGGGAAAAUGAAAAGGAGAAUAAAAACUCUACAUUCUAAAGUGGUUACAAUGUAUAGUUUGUACUUCGUGAAGUAAAAUUGCCACUCUACGGUUCUUCCAUCGAUCGACUGACGCAACGUGAUGUGUUGCACGCGUUGAUGUCUUAAGGGAGACUGGUAACGAAUAAUGGCGGCCGAAUAUACGAGCAUGCGAUAAAAUGAGUUGUAGUUGGUCAAAUUCCUUUGAAAUUACAUCCAAAACGCUUUUGGAAGAAAGGAAACCUGGUUAAGAUCAAAAAGAACAAUCUUAAAUGAUAAAUUUCAAGUUAUUUAUGUUCUAGAAAUGAUCUAACAGUUCGGUAAGAAGCAAUGUUCGAACUCAAGUCGAAAAUGAAAUGAUAUUUACCCCCGGAAAGUGAUUUUAUUUUCCAACCCCCCUCCGCUCUGGAAUUUCCUGGGUCUCUGACCCCCCCCCCCCCUGGAAUUUCCAAUUCUGGAUAUUUUCUGGAACCACACAUUUCCGACAAAAAUAGCAGUAGAGCGUGACUGAAACGUAACUUUGGAAUGAACUUUAAAGGUGUGAUAAAAUAUACUUUCCACGAUCUGUUUCAGCUUGCAAUUUCUGUACUGAAAUAAAUCUCUUCGUGUGUGCUUCCUUUCGAGUUUUUUCCCUAAAUUUUGAAGGGGACAAAUUGUCCCCUUGGCCGUUUUUUAAAGGGACAAUUCCAAUUGCAGUGCGGGAUUGGCGCAAUGGCGUGGCCUGGCUCAAACCCUGCUACAGUGUGCUAUUCCAUGACAUUUGCUGGCCUAUGUAUUUCAAGUUCACCACACGCGGUUGCGACCGGAAGCCACCAUGAGAAACCAAUUUUACCUAAAAUAAUGGGACAAAAAAGCUUUAAUAACUAUAAACCAUUGAAUUUAAACAUUCAUCAUACCCUCAAGAGAUAAUAUUUGUGUUUUGAUAGCGAAAAAAGAGCAAAUUCAAGAAAAAAUGUCCCAUCUUCGCAGGACUUAGCAUAAAGAACCUGAAACCUUCGUUUUGCAUCUUAGUGGAGAAAAGGCAGAAAAUGUGAUAUUUCAAAACGAUCAAACCCAUAAAAAUCGCCAGGUCGAAAGAGGUCGGAGCGUGGAACUAGUAUCAAGCCCCCCUUAUCCGCCGAUUUAAUUAAUUUGUUAGGGCAAAACCUUGCUAGAAUAAAGACAGUUUUCGAUAAUUGAAAGUCAUCUAAGUAAAUAUUCACUUGUGAGCAUGGCUUAACAGGAUCAUAAACGAGAGCAAUAAUGCGUGAAAUGACCAUGGAAACAUUUUACAUCAUUAAUCAGAUACCAAAGAUUAACAGGGCUCAUUGAAACUUACUUUGGAUGAGCUGCAUCUUGAAAUUCAGGUCGUUGAAACUCUCCCUCGAAACCCUCGAGCGCUCUUUCCACCACAGAGAGAAGACAGAAAUUUGCCAUGAAGCAUCAUGGGAUAUAUGAAAUUCCCCCCUUUAGUUUGAGCUUUUGUUUCUUGAUUUUCCCAUAAACGACCACCUCCCGUAAGCAACCACUUUGUCGUGUAGCAAGGGUGGCCACAUUACGAGAGAGUUGACUGUAUGAAUACAAGACAAACAGCUGCUUAGCUAACAAGUAUCAGUAAUGUUAACUGAUAAAGAUCUUUACUUAUAAACUAUUCAGUGUCCAAUCUGUAUGGGCCUUACAUUGGCUCAGCUUUGGCUUGCUGUUGCAAACUUCAAAACACACGUGUCACAUGUAUUUUAUUGGAUUGCCUUAUUUUUUUCUGAAUCUUUCAGGUCUGGGUGCAGAUGUUGAACUACUUUGGCCCUUUAGAAUUAGCAUUUGUUAUUGUGUUUUCUCAACUGCAUUUAAUGGAGGUAGGUUGA